AUGUCCGCCGACAAGCCUCUCAGGUUCGCAGUGGGCGCGCGCGUGGAGUGCAACGUGGGCCAGUGGGAGUCCGGCACCGUCGUAGCUCACUGGUGGCAUGACCCCGGUUGGCCACAGUCGAAGAGGGUGCCUUAUCAGAUCAAGCUAGAUCACGGGCCGACCAUCUUCGCACCUCUGGACGAUGAUAGGUGCAUCAGGACUGUGAAAGGCUUGCUACAGGUCGGACAGAUCCCGGUAACCAUUUUGACUGGCUUCCUAGGCGCAGGCAAGACUACCCUGCUCAACUACAUCCUAACGGCCCAACACGGUAAGAAAUAUGCAAUUAUCGAAAACGAGUUCGGCGCGGUGGCCAUCGACAACCAGCUUCUGGACCAGGCAGUCGGAAAGCGUGACACAGUCGAGUCGAUCUCGGUGCUAGACAACGGGUGUCUUUGCUGCACAGUUCGAGACGACCUUGUGCAGGCCAUCAAGGACAUCGUAGACAAGGUAGAGCAGAGGUACGCAGAUGGCGUCAAGGACGCCCUGCUCGAUGGCAUCCUCAUUGAGACGACAGGUAUGGCCGAUCCAGGCCCUAUCAUCAAUACGUUUAGUAAGGACGAUGUGGUUAAGAAGUACUGCAAGAUUGAUGGCGUGAUCACUGUGGUAGACUGCAAGCAUUUCUUGACGCAGCUGAAUCGCGAGCGCAGUGAGGACUCGGUCAACGAGUCCGCGCAGCAGGUUGGAUUCGCGGACAAACUGUUGCUUAACAAGAUUGACGUCUGCAGCAGGGAGCUCAUCGACGAGACGAAGCAGACCAUCCGCGACAUCAACGCCUUCGUCCCCAUCCGGGAGUGCUGCCUGGGGACGGAUCCGGCAGCGGUGCCUUUGGGCGAGCUUCUGGCGAUCGACGCCUUCGACAGCGCCAAGCUCCUGACCGAGCAGACCACGACGGCCGAGGUGAACCUCGUGGCCUCCCUGGAAGAGGUGCCGCAGGCAGGCCACGACGCCGGCCGCGAGGAGGGGCACGGCGAGGGCCACGGCGACGCCCACGGCAGCGGCCACGGCGGCGGCCCUGAGGACGAGCACAGCGGCCACGGGGGCGGCCACGGUGGCGGCGGCCACGGCGGUGGGCACGGGCACGGCCACGGGCGCGGCAAGGGCCGCCACGACACGGACGUCGCCUCCAUGGUUUUGGAGAGGGCGGGAAGCGCCCUCAACAUGCACAAGUUCCAGAUCUUCCUCGGCUCGAUCCUGGAGCAGCGAAGCGUGGACCUGUACCGCUACAAGGGGGUGCUCGCGGUAGAGCAGGACGGCGGGCCUGCCCUCUACAUCCUGCAGGGGGUGCACGACAUGCCAGAGCUGACCUACAGCCGGGGAGUGGCCUGCCGGGAAGCCCAUCAAGACGCAGCUGGUCAUCACGCAGGGGGACAUCUGGACAAGGAUCGCUACAGGAAGGACUUCGACGGCUGCUUCGACUGA